AUGGAGUCUCGCGAAAGCGCACAUAUAAGGUAUGUGUCAGCCAUGCUUCUUUUCUCAUUAUCUCUUCAGCAUUUAGCAUCUGCCGUUACACAUUACUCUAUUCCAGAAGAGAUGGAUAUAGGCUCUGUUGUUGCGAGUUUAGCUGUUGAUUUGGACCUUGAUGUGAAAACGCUGAGUAGGAGGAAAAUCCGAUUGGAUAAUAUCGCUAACAAAAAGUACCUUGAUGUAAACAAAGAAACGGGGGAGCUUUUCAUUCUUGAGAGAAUUGACAGGGAGUACCUCUGCAGUGCAAAAUCUGCCGAAACGUGUGUGUUGAAACUAGAUGCCACAAUUGAAAAUCCUGUGCGGAUGUUCAACAUUGAACUGGAAAUACUAGAUAUUAAUGACAAUGCGCCACAGUUUCGGAGAGACACCAUGCAUUUGGACAUAUCUGAAUCCACACCAGUCGGUGAACGGUUCUCUUUAACGAAUGCUGUGGAUCCUGAUCUUGGGUCGAAUUCGAUCAAGACGUAUUAUCUUAGUGAAAGUGACCACUUCAGUAUCGAGAUACAAACUGGGCGAGAUGGCUCGAAAUUUACCGAUUUAAUUCUGAAAAAAGCUUUGGACAGGGAGGAGCAAAGUGUCCAUAGUUUAAUACUCACCGCUGUCGAUGGCGGAGUGCCCGCACGGUCUGGCACAGCAAGUAUAAUAGUAAAAGUGUUGGACACAAAUGACAACGCCCCCCAGUUUGACACGGAUAGGUAUAGCAUACAGCUUUCAGAAAACUCUCCCAUUGGAAGUCUUGUUGUGAAACUGAAUGCAACUGACUUAGAUGAAGGCUCAAACGCAGAUAUCACCUAUCUAUUUAGCCUUUACACCUCCGAGAAAACACAACAAACCUUCACUAUAAAUCCCGAUAAUGGCGAGAUCAGAGUAAAGGAUAUGGUUAAUUACGAAGAUUUUAAAAUAUAUGACAUGGAGAUCAUAGCAAAAGACAAGGGUAUCAAUUCUUUAUCAGGGCAAUGCAAAGUGACCAUAUUGAUUACUGAUAUGAACGACAAUCACCCGGAAAUUUCAGUCAAAUCAUUUCAAAGUACAAUAAAGGAAAAUGUUGAAGUAGAUACUAUCAUUGCUGUUGUAAGUGUUAGCGAUAAGGAUUCUGGAGAAAAUGGAGUUGUUGACAUUAAAAUCAAUAAGAACUUGCCUUUUCUAUUAAGAGAGUCCUCAGACAAUUACUACGAAUUAGUUGUAUCAACACCACUGGAUAGAGAAAAGGUCCCAGAAUAUGAUAUUACAUUUACGGUGACAGACAGAGGCACACCUCAAUUAUCUGAUAACGAGACCAUCACUGUAGAAUUGCUAGACGUUAAUGACAACGUCCCUCGGUUCAAUCAGACGUUUUUCACAAUACCAGUGACUGAGAAUAACGCACCAGGAGCACUACUAGCUGCCCUUACAGCUGUAGAUCCAGAUCUCCAUGAAAACCAGUACCUUGUUUAUUUCAUCAUAGAAAAGGAGAUAGCCAACACCUCCAUGUCCAUGCUAUUCUCUAUUAACCCAGAGAAUGGCAACCUUUACGCACUGAAAACCUUUGAUUAUGAAAUAGAGGAAGAGUUUCUUUUCCACAUCGAGGCCCGUGAUUCAGGCGUUCCUCCUCUCAGCAGUAACGUCACGGUUCAUAUCAUCAUCAUGGACCAAAAUGAUAACACUCCAGUGAUCGUGUCUCCAUGGCGCGCGCAUGGCACCGUAGUCGAGGAAAAGAUCCCCAGGAACACCGAUAAAGGAUCUCUGGUUGCCAAAGUGAUCGCUAUUGACACAGACUCUGUUCACAAUUCUCGCAUAACAUAUCAGUUCCUCCAGAACACCGAUGUCACAUUGUUUAGUUUAGAUCAGUACAACGGAGAGAUCCGGACAAUGAGGAUGUUCAGCUACAGAGACGCGCGUCACCAGCGCCUAGUGGUGAUCGCCAAGGAUAACGGAGAGCCUGCGCUCUCUGCCACCGUGACCAUCAAGCUCUCCACGAUAGAGACCGCUCUGAAAUCCUACGCUGACAUGACUGAAGUGCCUUUGGAAUAUGACAUCUUUUCGGACUUGAAUCUUUAUCUGGUGAUUGGACUGGGCUCAGUGUCAUUCCUGUUACUCAUCACCAUACUGGUCACCAUAGUAAUAAAGUGCCAGAAACCCAAACACAGCAAAGCAGCUCCUCCCAGUAGGAACAGUGUGGCCAGUGACAGGAACUCAGCCUUCGCAGAUUCCACACUCGUCUCCAAUGAUGCAUACUGGUACAGCAUGUUCCUAGCGGAGACGCGUAAAGGGAAGCUGGUUGUGAGACAGCCCGCGCCAAAAGGAUCGCGGUACGUUGUGUCAAGCCUACCCAGAAGCACAGGCCUGUCCGAACCCACAGAUUCAGCUGCAUCUACUUUACAGAAAGGGUGA